AUGUCUGAGUUUCAGCAAAUAUAUGAAGUCAGCUUGUUCCUGGUAUCAGUUGUUGGAGGAGGCGUUGUUGUGGAAGAUCAGCCAGAUGUGAGUGCAGUAUUGUCUGCCUACAAUCAGCAAGGGGACCCUACACUCUAUGAGGAAUACUACAGUGGAUUAAAACACUUCAUUGAGUGUUCCCUGGACUGUCAUCGAGCAGAAUUGUCUCAGCUGUUUUAUCCACUCUUUGUGCACAUGUACUUGGAAUUGGUCUACAAUCAACAUGAGAGUGAAGCUAAGUCUUUUUUUGAAAGAUUUCAUGGGGAUCAGGAGUGCUAUUACCAGGAUGACCUGCGUGUAUUAUCUAGCUUAACCAAGAAAGAACAUAUGAGAGGUAAUGAAACCAUGCUGGAUUUCCGAACAAGCAAGUUUGUGCUGCGUAUUUCCCGUGACUCUUACCAGCUCUUGAAGAGGCAUCUUCAGGAAAAACAGAACAAUCAGAUCUGGAACAUUGUUCAGGAACAUCUUUACAUUGAUAUAUUUGAUGGAAUGCCUCGCAGUAAACAACAGAUAGAUGCCAUGGUUGGAAGCUUGGCUGGGGAGGCAAAACGAGAGGCAAAUAAAGCAAAGGUUUUCUUUGGCUUAUUGAAAGAACCAGAGUUUGAUGUGCCUUUGGAUGAUGAAGAUGAAGAAGGAGAAAAUGAGGAAGGAAAGCCAAAGAAGAAAAAACCUAAAAAAGAUAGUGCAGGGUCAAAAAGUAAAAAACAAGACCCUAAUGCUCCACCUCAAAACAGGAUUCCUCUGCCUGAACUGAAAGACUCUGACAAGCUGGAUAAAGUAAUGAAUAUGAAGGAAGCUGCAAGACGUGUGCGUCUUGGCCCAGAGUGCCUGCCCUCCAUCUGUUUCUACACGUUCCUUAAUGCUUACCAGGGUCUGACUGCUGUGGAUAUUACAGAUGACUCUAGCAUGAUUGUAGGAGGCUUUGCUGACUCUACUGUCAGAGUGUGGUCUGUGACUCCCAAAAAGCUACGUAGUGUGAAAACAGCAGCAGACCUCAGUCUCAUUGACAAAGAAUCAGAUGAUGUCUUAGAGAGGAUCAUGGAUGAGAAAACAGCAAGUGAGUUGAAGAUUUUAUAUGGUCACAGUGGACCUGUCUAUGGCACCAGCUUCAGUCCUGAUAGGAACUACCUCUUGUCCUGUUCCGAGGAUGGUACUGUCAGAUUGUGGAGUCUCCAAACAUUCACAUGUUUGGUGGGAUAUAAAGGACACAACUAUCCAGUAUGGGAUACACAAUUCUCUCCUUACGGUUAUUACUUUGUGUCAGGGGGACAUGACAGAGUGGCUCGGCUGUGGGCAACAGAUCACUACCAGCCUUUACGGAUAUUUGCUGGCCAUCUUGCUGAUGUGACUUGUACCCGAUUUCAUCCGAACUCUAACUAUAUUGCCACAGGCUCAGCAGACAGGACUGUACGGCUCUGGGAUGUAUUGAAUGGGAAUUGUGUAAGAAUAUUCACUGGACAUAAGGGACCAAUUCAUUCACUGGCAUUUUCUCCCAAUGGACGAUUCCUGGCUACUGGAGCAACAGAUGGAAGAGUUCUGCUGUGGGAUAUUGGACAUGGCUUGAUGGUUGGAGAAUUGAAGGGGCACACUGACACUAUCUAUGCGCUAAGAUUCAGUAGAGAUGGGGAGAUUUUAGCAUCAGGUUCAAUGGAUAACACAGUUCGUCUGUGGGAUGCUGUGAAAGCAUUUGAAGAUUUAGAAACCGAUGACUUUACUACAGCCACUGGACAUAUAAACUUGCCUGAAAACUCUCAGGAGUUGUUGCUAGGUACAUACAUGACCAAAUCAACCCCGGUCGUGCACCUCCAUUUCACACGCAGGAACUUGCUGCUGGCUGCAGGUGCCUACAGUUCACAGUAAAUGGGGAAGAUGAGACUGACUGUGCCGAGUCAUUGCAGUUAUGACCUCAGGAUGUGAGAGGAGGCAGAAUGUCUUGUACAGGUGAACUUACUCUGUUGCAGGAAAAGUGAAACUGUAUCAACUAACACAAGAAGCAUCUUCUCAUUUCUGCCGUUUCAUAUUUAUCCACAGUUUGAAAAUGCUGGAGAUUGGCAAGACAUUGUGGCUUUAAAAUAAGGAAUUGCUCAUGGUGCUUU